AUGGAGGGAGAGGGAGAGGUGCUCUAUAGGACAGUCCCCUGGGACAGGAGGCUUCUAUCUCAGAGAGGAAAGAGACCUGCAGGACCUCUGUUCAUGUUUAGAUGCCUUAAGGGGUCUGUCAGUCAACUACACCUCCCACACUGUCAGAUCUACAAUAGUGGUGGAUGUGAGUUCCUAUCUGUAGCCCAUGUGACUGAUGAUGACAUCAUUGAGUUUCUCCCUCCUCUUGAGACAACAGACACACAUGUCAUUAUAAACAUCAGUGGAUUCUCUGCUUAUGGUGAAGUCAAGGAUGAAGACUCUCCCACCGUUCCUAUAAGAGCACUUGUCUUGUUGUUCUACAAGCCCCCAGAUGUUCCUAAAAAGAGGUCCAUCCUGAAUGUGUUGUUGCUUCCCAGAAAUGUUGUGAUCAGGGAGGUGCAGGAGGAGUGGAAAAGAAGGAAUGGAGACAAAUACAUCUACAUUGAAACAAAUCCUUGCUACCAACUAACUCCCAAUAAAGAAUACAAGCUCUUCACAGAUCUUACAGAUGAAUAUCUAAUUCAACCAAAGGAUGCAGAAUUUGUGGAUUUUGAAUCCUAUGAAAACUACUUCCCAACAUUUCAGUUGUUCAUACAAACUGUUGUUGAGCAAGUUACUCUUUUUCUGAAAGACAAUGGUGGUGAAGAAUCUGUCUGGGAAAGACUUGUCUGGCUUCCAGCCUCACCAACAGAUGUCUCCUCUACAGUUUCAGCUGUUUCCCCUGCAGCCUUCAUCAGAAGACACAGGAUGGCUCUAGAGACUCGCCUGGGACUCUUACAGUCCUUAUUCCGCGGUCUCCAGGAUUGUGGGGUUCUGAAUGACGAGGAGAGGGAGGAGGUGGACAGAAAAUCUACCAAGACCCUACAGAACCAAGCCCUGCUGAACAUGGUGGUAAGGAAGGGGUCUCGCGCCCAGGAACACUUGUACCAGGUCCUGAAGGAAGUAGAUCCCUGCCUGGUCGAAGACCUGGAAGAGCAGACAGUCUGAGAGGUCACCAUGGAUACAACAGCAUCAGGAUAUAUAAUAUCACAAUACUAAUACAUGCUCUGAAAGAGACAGACAGACUGAGAGGUAACCAUGGAUACAACAUUAUCAGGAUAUAUAUCACCACAAUACUAAUACAUGCUCUUAAAGAGACAGACUGAGAGGUAACCAUGGAUACAACCUCAGAAGAUAUCAAAACAUUUAUCAGAGACAGAGAGCAGCACUUCGAGGAGCUACUGUCAACCAGACAACCUACCUGUGUUACUCUGGUACACUGGCUACAGACAACAAGAUUUUUGAAUUUCUAUCUGGAACAUGGUGAAUGUUGAAUCAUCUUGGACAAGUCUCAGACAACAACAUGUGAGACUUAACAUCUACCAGACAACUGACUCGUACUGGACAGCUGUACUGGCUGAACACAAGAUAUAUCUCUGUUUAGAAAUAGUGUCUAUGUUUAUACAGUAUAAUGGUAUUUCUAAGAGCAUCCAACUUUUUAUAUUUUCAUGUCAUUAUUUUCCACCAAUAGGGACUAGGUGGUCUCCUUUUGUGAUUGUUCAGGAAAUAUAGAAACAACAAUAUAGAAACAACUCGCUGUUGCGAUUACAAAUACGGUAUAUCCUUUAUCUAAACAUCUGUACCAGAUUAGAGGCUGGCUGUUUGGCAACUGCGGAACACUGACAGUCAGGUCACCGUGGAUCAGAUGGUGGAGAGAUACGGUUCUGAGGGAGCUGUGGACACUGAACACCCUGAGGAGGAGGAGGAACCAGAAUGAUCUAAGUUAGAGAGAGAGGUGAAACUGAAGGGAACAAUUAGUCUGUUCUUUAGAAGUUCAGUUCCUUGUUUAUAUGUUGACUGUCAUCGUCUUUCCUUCACACAACUGGAACCACAACUUGCUGACAAACUGAGAACCAUCCUUGAUAAUGUAGCCCUUGAAAUGAUGUAGACAGUUAAAUAAUGGACAAUUUCUCGACAAAACAACCAUCCUAAUGUAGGUCUAUUUUUUAUGGGCUAAUUAUUCCCCAACCUGCUCACUUGAUCCCAUCCCCACAAUGCUUCUAAUUGUUUGUUUGUUAAACAAUGUCUUAGAAAUGGUGUAAUGCUCUUUGUUUUAUCACCUUUACCUGAUUGAAAUCUGGUUAGUUGACAUUCAUGGGGGAGGGGAGGGAUGCGACAAGGCCAUUUUCUUGCCUGACGAACCACCCACCCCUUCUAAUUUCCUUAAUUUUGUGGAUAGAGUCAAAUACUUUCUGUGGCAUUUGAUAGGGAAGCUGAAAGGUCAAAUAUACUGUUAGGCUUUCUACUGCCAAGUUUACACCGUCAUUAUUGCACUGAAAUGUUUUGAUCGGGAAGUUGACUAAAUGGGAUAUCAUUUUUUGUUAAUGAGUGAAAGAAAAGCAGCCAACAAGUGCUCAGUAUAUGUGGGAUCUCCUUCAAGACGGUUGGAAAAGCAUUCCUCAUGAAGCUGGUUGAGAGAAUGCCAAGAGUGUGCAAAGCUGUCAUCAAGGCAAAGGGUUGCUACUUUGAAGAAUCUCAAAUAUAAAAUACAUUUUAUAUUUAACACUUUUUGGUUACUACAUGAUUCCAUAUGUUUUGUUUCAUAGUUUUGAUGUCUUCACUAUUAAUCUACAAUGUAGAAAAUAGUACAAAUAAAGAAACCCUGGAAU